AUCUAGAAGGUUUUCCGCAACAAAGGAUGCUUUUCUUAGUCAAUGUUUUUCUUAUUUUUUCACUUAUUACUGUAAUAAAAAAUUUUCUUGAAUUUUUUACUCAAAUUAGUCUGUUUUCCCAGAAAAAAUCUUGUAACGGUUUUAAAUUUGAAAUCCCACCUGCUUGCUGCAAACUUCAAGCAGGCAGGUGUAUGAAACAGAAGAAGAAGAAGAAAAUAAACAAAAGCUCCAGGAUUUACAAAAUUAUUAAUUGUUUAAAGUUUUCCGGCUAUUAAAGUGUAAAUUAGUAUUAAGAUUAGGUUAUGUUUCUUUGGGAUAAUUUAUACGCAAUUAAAUUAAUUUCCUGGGAAGAAUAAUUGAAAUUCUCAGUGGAAAUGGAUGAGGAAGACACCAAUCAACCCUCUGCCUUGAGUCCCCGUGUAAUUCUCUAUGACAUUGUGCAGCAAUCCUCAAAUGCUCCAGAACAAAAUCCAGAGGCUUCCGUGGACAAUGAGAAUGUCCGGGGUAGUAGGAGACGUCAUUCAGAAUCCCGGGAGGUAUCACCUCUAUCAGAGGAAGAUUUUGUAAUGGAGAAUCUGAAGAAGCGGAAAAAGCGUGGUGCUAUGAAGCUCCCAUCGCCAACUCAAACGCAAAAAUCCGUGGAGGAAAAGAAGGAUGAGCGGGAUGACGAUGGGGUCCUGUGUCCUAUUUGCUAUGAGGAAUGGGACAUGUCCGGAUUGCACAGGUUGACAUCACUAAAGUGUGGGCACCUUUUUGGACACUCUUGCAUCAAGAGAUGGCUGAAUGAGUGCCCCUCGAAUGCCAGAGUAUGUCCUUCUUGCAAAACAAAAGCCGCCAUGCGCGAUAUGCGCUUCCUCUACGCUAAGCGCCUCCGAAUGGUGGACAAUAGCGAGAUGGAGCGUCUGAAAAUGCUCCUGGAAGAGUCUGUACGGGAGAAAACUCGCAUGCAAGCUGAAAUGUCUAUGCUACGGCAUAAGUAUGAGCAGAAAUUGAGUGAGAAUACUCGUCUGACGCGGGAGAUUGCCGCACUGAGGAACGGUAGCAAUUAUUCGGAAGAUCUUGUGCCGAAGAGACACGAAAGACUGGUAAUUCGGUCAAUGUACAAGCUCUUCCUGGAGAAGAAUAUUGAGUUGAGCAGAGAAUCUGGGUGUAGGGUUAUAGAAUUUGGCAGAAAAACAAGAUCUCUGGUGGUAUCACAGAAAUCCAAUCAGGAGUUAUUUCCGGGCUAUGGUGUAAGGUUUGUGGAUGUGGGAACGCUCAAGCCAACGACGUUUAUGCAUAUGACGAGUCGAUCGAUCAGGGAUGUGGCCUUUGACCGAGAGGGGGAAUGGCUGGCGGCAGCAUCGGCAGAUCAGGUGGUCAAAGUUUUCGAUGUGACGUCGAAACUUUGUGCAGCAACGCUGAAGUGUCCAGAUGAUGAUACUUCGAUAUCCAAGAUGAUUUGGUCGUGCUGUUUCGAUAGUUCUAGAGAGCAGUCGGUGAUUGUGGGUUGUCAGAAUGGGCGAGUAAGUCGUUUCGAUAUGCGAAGCCCGAGUAGUCCGCAGGACUUUCGAGCUCAACCCAUUGAUAGGUGCCCUGUGAUAAACAUUGUGAGCAUCCCACCUGACUUCACACUGCCUUUUGGAGGUGUACUCGUUUGUACGCUUCAGAAUCUCUGGCUUUACGAAUUAGCAGCUGACGGUAUGCCCAGUGACAUUACGUCGCUUCCCCUCGAUGGUCCCUUCGCUGCCAUGGUCUACGAUAACGUUACCAAGUACAUUCUGGUUACCCUGAAACCAAGCCAGGCCAUCAAUCGUCUUACAGCUCAGUAUAUGGUUGGAAAACUUGAUAGACAGGAUGACGCUAUCUUCUUCAAAGUCACCAACAGCUUCUCGGGUUCCACCAGCAUGCCGUCUUUGUACCGUUCAGCCCUUGUUAAUCUGGAGGACGACGCACUAGUGGCAGCCUACGUUUACAGCUCAAAGAUGCUCACCACUUGGUCAACGCGGGAUCAAGUGAAGCUACAGACCAUUUCUGUGUCGGAUCCUAUUCUGGAUCUCUGUCCUUUCACGAUAGAGGCACAAACCUACCUCGGAGCUCUGACUGACACCAAAUGUCGCUUCUACAAAAUUGAGUGACACCCAGAGAUUGUUAAUUGCACACUUAUUCCUCGGAAAAAUAUUUCUUUUGCAUCGCGCUUUACAAUGAUUGUUCUUGAGGAGGAAGCCCUUGUUAAAGACUUUUACAACAUUCAAUAAAUUAAAUUCGAGAUUGAA